CUAAAUAUCUAUGAAUACACUUUUCUCAUCAAAGAAAACGCUUUUAAAGAGUAGCUUAUUUAUUCUGUUUCAGGUGCGCUUUUAAAAUGUCUCCUAAUAUGACAAUCCUCAAUAAACACUUAGUAAAAAAAAUUUGUUGGCCCUCUCCCUCACUCACGCAGCAGUGCAGCACACACUCUCAUCCUCACUCAACAUACACAAAUACGAAAGAGAGAAGAAAUCAGAGAGGAGAAGUGAAGGAAGGAAAGAGAGGACGAUGCCGCUAGGGCUCCGCCGCCAUCGCCGUUGUCGUCGAGCGCCAGUGAGAGAGAGAGCUCGAGGAUGAGAGGAAACGCGAUGGAGGAGAGAAAAAUGAGGUGCUCUGUCGCCACUGAAGCUCCACCACCACUGCUAAGGCUUGUUUCAGUCAUUGUUCUGCCACCGUCGGGCUUCUGUGCCCCCGCCGAGGAGCUCGAAGGGAGGAAGCAGGGAUGUAUCACCGCCUUCGUGCUCUGUCGCGGCGCUGCCGUCGACUGGAGCUCGCCGUUGAGCUGCUGCACCGUCUCCAAGCUGUUGCGUCACCGCUCAUCUCUUCACUGUCACUGCUCAACACCAUCGUCGUAUCCUCUGUCACCAGGUGUGUAUGAUUUUGAUAGUGAUGAUGAACUGCAAUGGCUAAUUGAGAUACAGAAGCAAUAGGUGCUGGAAAUUUCAUACGUGCAUGCUAAACUAGGGAAAUCAUUCUGUAGAAAAGUGUCGA